AGUGGGGGAGAUUCGCGCCUCCUUCCCCCGCCCCCGAUGCGAGUCCCGGCGGCGCAGGGAUCCGGACGCGGUGACGGGGAUGCGCCUGCGCAGAGCGGGCAGGGAGCAGGCCCCGACCAGGCGGCAGCGGGAGGAGCCGAGCGCGGCGCGGCCGAUUUCCCAAGAUGACGCAGUUCCUGCCCCCCAACCUGCUGGCGCUCUUCGCCCCCCGAGACCCCAUCCCGUACCUGCCCCCUCUGGAGAAGCUGCCUCAUGAGAAACACCACAACCAGCCCUACUGCGGCAUCGCGCCGUACAUCCGGGAGUUCGAGGACCCACGCGAUGCCCCUCCACCCACCCGUGCUGAGACCCGUGAGGAGCGCAUGGAGCGGAAGAGACGAGAGAAGAUUGAGCGGAGGCAGCAGGAGGUGGAGAAUGAGCUGAAGAUGUGGGACCCGCACAACGACCCCAACGCCCAGGGAGACGCCUUCAAAACCCUCUUCGUGGCUAGAGUGAACUACGACACGACAGAAUCCAAGCUCAGAAGAGAGUUCGAGGUCUAUGGCCCCAUCAAACGGAUCUACAUGGUGUACAGCAAGCGUUCCGGAAAGCCGCGCGGCUACGCCUUCAUCGAGUAUGAACACGAGCGGGACAUGCACUCGGCAUACAAGCACGCAGACGGCAAGAAAAUUGACGGCAGGAGGGUGCUGGUGGACGUGGAGAGAGGCCGGACAGUCAAGGGUUGGCGUCCCCGCAGGCUGGGUGGUGGCCUGGGGGGCACCCGCAGGGGUGGUGCCGAUGUCAACAUCAGGCACUCCGGCCGAGACGACACCUCCAGAUACGACGAGCGGGACCGGGAGCGGGAGCGAGACCGGCGGGACCGGAGCCGGGAGCGGGACAAGGAGCGGGAGCGGCGGCGCAGCCGGUCCAGGGAGCGCCGGCGCCGCACCCGCAGCCGGGAGAAGGAGGAGCGGAAGCGGAGCCGGGAGCGCAGCAAGGACAAGGAGAAGGAGAAGGAGCGGGAGCGGAAGCGGCACAGCCGCAGCCGGGAGCGCAAGCGGGACCGGGAGCGGGAGCGCGACAAGAAGGAGGAGCUGCCCGAGGGGGGGGACGCCCAGGCCGAGGAGGUGGCGCUGGGCGAGCUGGGCCUGGACAGGCUGGAGCUGAAGCUGGAGGGCGAGGACAAGGGUGGCAGGGAGAGGGAGCGGGACCGGGAGCGGGACCGUCGGCGCAGCCACCGGGACCGCGACAAGGACCGGGACCGGGAGCGGGACAGGGAGCGCCGGCGGGACCGGGAGCGGGACCGGGAGCACAAACGGGAGCGGGGCGAGCGCGGCGAGCGGGGGGCCGAGAAGCGGGACGAACGGGCCGGCCAGGACAACGGCCUGGCCGAGCCGCUGGAGGAGACCAGCCAGGACAUGUUCCUGGACCAGGAGUCCAUGCAGUCCGGAGACGGCUACAUGUCCACGGAGAACGGGUACCUGCUGGAGCAGCCCCUGGAGUGAGGGGGCUCCCUGCCCCCAGGCCGGCCGGGCCACUUCCCUUUUUUUUUUUUUUUUUAGGUGGGUAAGUUUUUGUCCCCCCAGUUUCUGUAGCGUGACCCCCCCCGAAAUGCCACACGUCUGUAUAAAGCCCCGCGCGGCUGCAUCUGCUUUUCUUUAACCACAAUAAAGGGGUUUUAAUGGUU